CUCAAACAGAGAGAGAAAAAAAAGAAAAGAAAAAACAAAACAAAUAUUAAGGGAGGGAGGGAGGUAUUGUGGGAGAGACCGAAUCAAAUUCAAAUCCCGUUGAUGGGGUGAUUUUGUUUCAUAAAAUCGCUCCAGUUUUAACCAAAUUUAGGAAAAAAAGAAAAACAUUGGGAGAUUUCUUGAUUUGGUUUGUGAAGGUCUUUCAUCAUUCAUUCGAAAUAUCGAAUACCAAUACCAAAAGUCCCUUUUCUAGUUUUGCUCUCUCUCUCUCUCUUUCUUUCGAUUUUGUUCCAAUGGGGUUAGAGAAGAAGUACAUAACUUCUGAAGAGCUUAAAAAGCACAGCAGUUCUGGAGAUUUGUGGAUCUCGAUUCAGGGUAAAGUUUACGAUGUAACAGAAUGGAUGAAAGAACAUCCUGGUGGUGAUACCCCUCUCCUGAAUCUGGCUGGUCAGGACGUAACCGAUGCAUUUAUUGCGUAUCAUCCCGGCACUGCCUGGGCACAUCUUGACAAGCUUUUUACAGGGUAUUAUCUUGAAGAUUUCAAGGUAUCUGAGGUGUCGAAGGAUUACAGAAAGUUAUAUUCAGAAUUUGCCAAAUUAGGUUUGUUUGACCAGAAAGGACAUGUAGCCAUGUAUUCAUUGGCAUCAGUUGGUUUCUUAUUUUGCUUUGUUUUAUAUGGCGUCUUAUGCUUUUCGAGUUUUUGGGCUCAUAUGGGUGCUGCUGUUUUACUAGGUGUACUUUGGAUUCAAAGUGCAUAUGUUGGUCACGAUUCGGGUCAUUACCAGGUAAUGCGGAGUCGUGGGUUUAAUAAACUUGCUCAGCUUUUAGCUGGAAAUUGCCUAACGGGGAUAAGUAUUGCUUGGUGGAAGUGGACCCAUAAUGCACAUCAUAUUGCCUGUAAUAGUCUUGAUUUUGAUCCUGAUCUUCAACACAUACCUGUUUUUGCGGUAUCUACGCGUCUUUUCAAUUCUAUUAGAUCAUGUUUCUAUGGAAGAAACCUUAAUUUUGAUCCGUUAGCAAGGUUUCUUGUUAGUUACCAGCACUGGACUUUUUAUCCUGUGAUGUGUGUUGCAAGGGUUAAUUUGUAUCUGCAAACACUGCUGUUAUUGUUUUCAACGCGAAAAGUCCCUGACAGAGCAGUUAACAUAAUGGGGAUUCUGGUUUUCUGGAUUUGGUUUCCUCUUCUUGUUUCUUCUUUACCGGAUUGGCCAGAGAGGGUGAUAUUUGUGCUAACUUCCUUUGCUGUUACUUCAUUACAACACGUCCAAUUUUGUUUGAAUCAUUUCUCAGCUGAUGUUUAUUUAGGACCUCCAAAUGGGAACGAUUGGUUUGAGAAGCAGGCUGGUGGAACUUUGGAUAUUUCAUGCUCAUCUUGGAUGGAUUGGGUUUAUGGUGGUUUGCAAUUUCAGCUCGAGCAUCAUCUGUUUCCAAGGUUGCCAAGGUGUCAAUUGAGAAGGGUUUCACCAUUGGUAAGGGAUCUAUGCAAGAAGCACAAUUUGCCUUACAGGAGUUUGUCGUUUUGGGAGGCCAAUGUAUCGACAAUUAGGACUCUUAGAAAUGCUGCCUUGCAAGCUAGAGACAUGGCCAACCCUGUUCCGAAGAACUUGCUGUGGGAAGCUGUUAAUACUCAUGGAUGAGCUAGGUUCUAUGUCAUUUUUAAGGCUUUUCUGUUUUUAUAGUCACAAUUUCUUGCAUAUGUAAUAUUUUUUUCCCUUUCCGCUGGUUGUUUUAAUUUCGGUUGUUAAGCUUUAUUAAACAAUUUAAAAAUUUCACCCAA